UUGCCAGGUAGGUGUGCCUUCCUUUGCAGUAAGCAGUGCUUAGGCGUGAGCCCAGCUCAUCCCCCUGUCCUCAGCAGAUGGGCUUUCUGCGUGCUUUAUUGCUGUGCUUGGUGCCAUACGGCACAGCAGCAGCAAGGCCGUGAACACGUACGUAGCCAGGUAGAUGCAAAUGUGCAACGGCGGAGCCAUGUUGCGGGCGGCGGCGACGGCGCGGGGCAUGAGGAGGGCGGCAUCGCUGCUGCACCAGUUUCAGAGGCUUCAGAGUACGUUGGUCAUAGCAGAACACAACAAUGAGACUCUUACACCCAUUACACUCAAUGCAGUCACUGCAGCAAAACGUCUCGGAGGCGAAGUUUCCUGUUUGGUUGCUGGGACCAGUUGUGACAAGGUAGCACAAGAGCUCAGCAAGGUGCAGGGUGUUGCAAAAGUGCUUGUGGCUCAGCACGACCUAUUCAAGGGAUUUCUGGCAGAGGAGCUGACUCCCUUGGUUUUGGAAACUCAGAAACAAUUUAAAUACACUCACAUUUGUGCUGGAGCAUCUGCCUUUGGGAAGAAUCUUAUUCCCAGAGUGGCUGCGAAGCUGGAUGUUGCUCCUGUUUCUGACAUCAUUGAGAUCAAAUCACCCAACACUUUUGUGAGAACUAUCUAUGCAGGGAAUGUUCUUUGCACCGUCCAGUGUGAUGAAGCAGUUAAAGUGUUUUCUGUACGGGGAACAUCUUUUGAGGCUGCACCAACGAGCGGCGGCAGCGCCAGUGUGGAGAAAGUGACCCCUCCAGCACCUGUUGGUCUGUCGGAAUGGAUUGAGCAGAAGCUGUCAAAAAGUGACCGGCCUGAGCUUACGAGUGCAAGAGUGGUUGUAUCAGGUGGAAGAGGCUUAAAGAGUGGGGAAAAUUUUAAGUUGCUGUAUGAUCUUGCGGACCAAUUGAAUGCUGCAGUUGGAGCUUCCCGUGCAGCUGUAGGUGCUGGCUUUGUUCCUAAUGACAUGCAAGUUGGACAGACGAGUAAAAUAGUAGCACCAGAACUCUAUAUUGCUGUGGGAAUAUCUGGAGCAAUCCAACACUUGGCUGGGAUGAAGGACAGCAAGACCAUUGUUGCUAUUAACAAGGAUCCAGAAGCUCCAAUUUUCCAAGUGGCCGACUAUGGACUGGUGGCAGACUUAUUUCAGGCAGUGCCUGAGAUGACGGAGCUCCUGAAGAAGAAGUGAGCAACUGCAGUGGCUGCAGUUGGGCUGGGCAGUAAUGACAGCACAACCCCAAGAUUACUGGAGAGUACUGGUGUCAGUGUAUGUUUGUGCUGGGCAGUGCUUGGUACGGGUGGAGGUGGGGACAGAGGUGGUAUGAAGGAAUAACAGUAAUAAAGGAUUGGAGUGGAAACCGGCCGGCUUCACGUCCCUUGGGAGACUUGGGAGACGGUGAAGAAACCAAAGGCAACCUGGUUCAUGCAGCUCAACCUGGGCGAGGAGGUGCCCGUCAUCAUCCACCGGGACAACAUCAUCAGUGACUACAACCAGAUCAUCGACUACAUGGAGAGGAACUUCACAGGAGGUAACGGGGGCACAGCUGCGUGCCGGGCUUCGUCUCAGCACAAACCUAGGGCAGAUUUGAAUGUCGGUGGCCAAAUGCACCCAUUUCCUCCCACAAAGGUUUGGCUCGCCCACAUCCAAUUCUCACGCUUUGCUAUCAAGAUGAAGGAUUUCCAGCAGAAAUCCUCAGACAUCCCUUGCAAAUCCUGCAAGGGGGAUUUGGGAGAGCUGCAGCUGGGUUUGCCCUUCUGUCCUAGAGUCUAUGCUCCCAAACUGAACCACUCCUCCCAUCUCCAUGGCUUGGGGAGCCCAUGGUGUGCGGUGGCAUCUCACCAGGCUCUGCACGCUGGGGACAGAGUGACAGAGAUGCAGAGGAAGGGACGGCUGAGAGGGAACUCCUGUGUCCUCCCCUUGGAGCAGGGCUGAAGCUGGGACGCUGAGGUCCGAGGCCGCUCCUCACGCAGCUGCUUUGGCAAGUAGCAUCUCCAGCCCCUUAGUCCAUGUCAUCCCAGAUCUGCAGGCUGCCACGCUGGGAUGCUCCGCUGGGAGACUUCAAAGCCCAGCACGGAGCUUUGGCUGUGGCAUCAAGACUCUCGCCCCAGCAUCCAUCAGCCUUGCGGCAGAGGCAUCAAAAACAUCUCUAAAUAGCUCCCCAAGCACAGGCACCAUGCCAGCUCAGCUGCUGUCCUCUCCCGGCCGGCCGCCAUCGUGCUCAGCAGAGGUGCCGCACUUCCUUGCCGCUGGGAUGGCAGACAGACAGACAGACACCAGAGCCCCACAGAGGAGCCCUCACAGCAGCGGCCCCACAGAUGGGGCAGCCCCGCGUCCCUGGUGCACACUGCUGCGUGGGGCUGCAGUCCUCACAUUGCUCCGUGCUGCUGCCCGGUCCCUAUGGAGAGCAGCUGACCCGGCAUAUGUUGGCAGCACGCUGUCCCCAGCAGGGGAUGUGGGCUGACAUGGCGGCAGGGAACAGCUCUGAGCACGCUGGGGAUUCAUGGCUCUAGCAGGAGACACUGCGCUCUGUCACAAGAGACCUGCCUCGCUCUGCCCUCAUCACUUCAUGCUAACGCACACACCAGCCAAACCUUGCAUCUCCUUUCCUUAUCCAUGCCUAGCAGAUCCCUGUGCGGAACAGCCUUCUCCCGUUCCCUGUGCUCUACUCUGAGGAGGCCCACACUUACGUACAUGACACGACUGCUGAAGACAUAACGGGAUACCUGGAACACUAUUUAGACGUUCCAAAGAAAAUGUUUUCCAUUCCUUAUCCGUGCUUAACAGAUCUUUGUCUGAACAGCCUCCUGGGGUUCUCCCACAUCUUACUCUGAGCAGGCUCACACCUAAGUAAAUAAUGUAACAGUGGAAGAUGUCACAGGAUACCUGGAACACUGUUUAUAUAUUCCAUGAAAAUGUCUGCCGUGGCACAAAUGAUGUAUUCCUAAGUGAACCUCAGUGCCGAUCACAAAGCUAACCGUUAUCACAAAUUUCACAGCGUGUUUGUGCCACAUGAUUACUGUUUUGUGUUUCAUCAAACAGUUUCUUACAUCACACACUUUAGUUGUCUAAUAAAAAGAAAAACUGUAUACAGUUUCAUACAAUCACACAAUGGUUUGCUUUGUUUUGGGAGGGACCUCUAAGAUCAUCUCAUUCCCAGCCCCUGCGGCACGAAGGGACACCUCCCUCUACACCAGGCUGCUCACAGCCCCAUCCAGCCUGGCCCUGAAGGCCUCCCACGUGGGGACAUUCACAGCCUCACUGGGCAACCUGUCCCAGUGCCUCACCAGCCUCACAGCAGGGAAUUUCUUCCUAAUAGCUGGUCUAAGCCUACACUCUUCCAGUUCAAAGCCAUUUCCCCUUGGCGCAACCCGCCUUUAUAACAAGAACCCCCCAGCUUUCCUGUAGACCCCCUUCAGUCCAGGAAUGCUGCUAGAAGGUCACCUCAGGGGCUUCUCUUCCCCAAGCUGAAGAGCCCCAGCUCUCUCACCCCGUUGUCCUAGGGGAGCUGUUCCAGCCCUCGGAUCAUCUUUGUGGCCCCCCUCUGGACCUGCUCCAACAGCUCCAUGUCCUGCUUGUGCUCAGGGCUCCACAACCACACAGUACUCCAAGUGGGGUCUCAUGAGAGCAGAGGGGCACAAUCGCCUCGACCUGCUGGCCACGCUUCUCUUGAUGCAACCCAGGCCUCCGUCGGCCUUCUGGGCAGCAAGCACACCUUGCCAGCUCACGCCGAAUCUCUCCUCAGUCCACGCUAGCAAAUCCUUCUCCACGAGGCCGCUCUCAAGCCAUUCUCCGCCCACCCCGUAGCCCUGCUUGACAUUGCCCCGACCCAAAGGCAGGACCUUGCUCUCGGCCUCGGUGAACUUCCUGACGAUGCCAUGGGCCCACCUCUAACUGCGUCCACGUUCCUCUGGAUAGCAUCCCUUCCCUCUAACGUGUCCCCUGCACCACUCAGCUUGUAUCGCCUGCAAACUUGAUGAGGAUGCACACGAUCCCACUGUCCACGCCGCCCAUAAAGACGUUCGAUGGCACCGGCCCCAUCACCAGUCCCAGCACCCAUCCCUGAGGAAUGCCACUCCUCACGGCGCUCCAUGGACACUGAGCCGCUGACUGCAGCUCGGAGUGCCACCAUCAUCCAGCCACUUCCUCAUCCAGCCCGUGCUCCAUCCAUCACACCCACACUCACUUGCUAUCAAACGACCGCCAUGCCAUCUUUCAGGCUCUGCUGUGGCCAUUCAAUUCCUCCAUGCCGCUGUCACUGCGAUCUGGUGCUUUCAACACCUUGCAGGCUUUGUUCUGAAGCUUGGCAGCGUUUGGAAAGCUCGUUGUUAACGUGUCCCACUACUCUGAGAAAUCUUCCUGCCCUGUCCUGUAGCCCCCUCCUCAUGCUAUGUGGAACGCCAUGGCCAGCAGUGCGGCUGCCAUUUUAGAACCUUCGCCGCAUCACAGCCGUCACCUUGGUCACCGCUGCCCCGGCCAACGCACUCGCUCUGAGAGCUCUGGCCGCCAUGCCAGCAGCGAAGAGAGCGAGGGGCACAAUUUGCCCUCUUUUAAAUGGGAAGAGGGAGCUUGGCUUCCCAGAAGCGAAGAGGAGGAGGGGGGCCGCCUUUAAGAUCAAGCGGAGGAGGGGGCAGAGAGUGCGUUUCCAUCGCGCCUGGGCCAGCGUGGUGACCACCUCCGUGGAGCCCAUGGAGGUGGAUCCACCUGCAGAUGAGCCCAUGGAGGUGGAUCCGCCUGCGGCACAGCUGGCCUGGCACCACACCACCGUGCUGGCUUUGUUCCUAAUGACAUGCAAGUUGGACAGACGAGUAAAAUAGUAGCACCAGAACUCUAUAUUGCUGUGGGAAUAUCUGGAGCAAUCCAACACUUGGCUGGGAUGAAGGACAGCAAGACCAUUGUUGCUAUUAACAAGGAUCCAGAAGCUCCAAUUUUCCAAGUGGCCGACUAUGGACUGGUGGCAGACUUAUUUCAGGCAGUGCCUGAGAUGACGGAGCUCCUGAAGAAGAAGUGAGCAACUGCAGUGGCUGCAGUUGGGCUGGGCAGUAAUGACAGCACAACCCCAAGAUUACUGGAGAGUACUGGUGUCAGUGUAUGUUUGUGCUGGGCAGUGCUUGGUACGGGUGGAGGUGGGGACAGAGGUGGUAUGAAGGAAUAACAGUAAUAAAGGAUUGGAGUGGAAACCGGCCGGCUUCACGUCCCUUGGGAGACUUGGGAGACGGUGAAGAAACCAAAGGCAACCUGGUUCAUGCAGCUCAACCUGGGCGAGGAGGUGCCCGUCAUCAUCCACCGGGACAACAUCAUCAGUGACUACAACCAGAUCAUCGACUACAUGGAGAGGAACUUCACAGGAGGUAACGGGGGCACAGCUGCGUGCCGGGCUUCGUCUCAGCACAAACCUAGGGCAGAUUUGAAUGUCGGUGGCCAAAUGCACCCAUUUCCUCCCACAAAGGUUUGGCUCGCCCACAUCCAAUUCUCACGCUUUGCUAUCAAGAUGAAGGAUUUCCAGCAGAAAUCCUCAGACAUCCCUUGCAAAUCCUGCAAGGGGGAUUUGGGAGAGCUGCAGCUGGGUUUGCCCUUCUGUCCUAGAGUCUAUGCUCCCAAACUGAACCACUCCUCCCAUCUCCAUGGCUUGGGAGCCCAUGGUGUGCGGUGGCAUCUCACCAGGCUCUGCACGCUGGGGACAGAGUGACAGAGAUGCAGAGGAAGGGACGGCUGAGAGGGAACUCCUGUGUCCUCCCCUUGGAGCAGGGCUGAAGCUGGGACGCUGAGGUCCGAGGCCGCUCCUCACGCAGCUGCUUUGGCAAGUAGCAUCUCCAGCCCCUUAGUCCAUGUCAUCCCAGAUCUGCAGGCUGCCACGCUGGGAUGCUCCGCUGGGAGACUUCAAAGCCCAGCACGGAGCUUUGGCUGUGGCAUCAAGACUCUCGCCCCAGCAUCCAUCAGCCUUGCGGCGGAGGCAUCAAAAACAUCUCUAAAUAGCUCCCCAAGCACAGGCACCAUGCCAGCUCAGCUGCUGUCCUCUCCCGGCCGGCCGCCAUCGUGCUCAGCAGAGGUGCCGCACUUCCUUGCCGCUGGGAUGGCAGACAGACAGACAGACACCAGAGCCCCACAGAGGAGCCCUCACAGCAGCGGCCCCACAGAUGGGGCAGCCCCGCGUCCCUGGUGCACACUGCUGCGUGGGGCUGCAGUCCUCACAUUGCUCCGUGCUGCUGCCCGGUCCCUAUGGAGAGCAGCUGACCCGGCAUAUGUUGGCAGCACGCUGUCCCCAGCAGGGGAUGUGGGCUGACAUGGCGGCAGGGAACAGCUCUGAGCACGCUGGGGAUUCAUGGCUCUAGCAGGAGACACUGCGCUCUGUCACAAGAGACCUGCCUCGCUCUGCCCUCAUCACUUCAUGCUAACGCACACACCAGCCAAACCUUGCAUCUCCUUUCCUUAUCCAUGCCUAGCAGAUCCCUGUGCGGAACAGCCUUCUCCCGUUCCCUGUGCUCUACUCUGAGGAGGCCCACACUUACGUACAUGACACGACUGCUGAAGACAUAACGGGAUACCUGGAACACUAUUUAGACGUUCCAAAGAAAAUGUUUUCCAUUCCUUAUCCGUGCUUAACAGAUCUUUGUCUGAACAGCCUCCUGGGGUUCUCCCACAUCUUACUCUGAGCAGGCUCACACCUAAGUAAAUAAUGUAACAGUGGAAGAUGUCACAGGAUACCUGGAACACUGUUUAUAUAUUCCAUGAAAAUGUCUGCCGUGGCACAAAUGAUGUAUUCCUAAGUGAACCUCAGUGCCGAUCACAAAGCUAACCGUUAUCACAAAUUUCACAGCGUGUUUGUGCCACAUGAUUACUGUUUUGUGUUUCAUCAAACAGUUUCUUACAUCACACACUUUAGUUGUCUAAUAAAAAGAAAAACUGUAUACAGUUUCAUACAAUCACACAAUGGUUUGCUUUGUUUUGGGAGGGACCUCUAAGAUCAUCUCAUUCCCAGCCCCUGCGGCACGAAGGGACAUCUCCCUCUACACCAGGCUGCUCACAGCCCCAUCCAGCCUGGCCCUGAAGGCCUCCCACGUGGGGACAUUCACAGCCUCACUGGGCAACCUGUCCCAGUGCCUCACCAUCCUCACAGCAGGGAAUUUCUUCCUAAUAGCUGGUCUAAGCCUACACUCUUCCAGUUCAAAGCCAUUUCCCCUUGGCGCUACCCGCCUUUAUAACAAGAACCCCCCAGCUUUCCUGUAGACCCCCUUCAGUCCAGGAAUGCUGCUAGAAGGUCACCUCAGGGCCUUCUCUUCCCCAAGCUGAAGAGCCCCAGCUCUCUCACCCCGUUGUCCUAGGGGAGCUGUUCCAGCCCUCGGAUCAUCUUUGUGGCCCCCCUCUGGACCUGCUCCAACAGCUCCAUGUCCUGCUUGUGCUCAGGGCUCCACAACCACACAGUACUCCAAGUGGGGUCUCAUGAGAGCAGAGGGGCACAAUCGCCUCAACCUGCUGGCCACGCUUCUCUUGAUGCAACCCAGGCCUCCGUCGGCCUUCUGGGCAGCAAGCACACCUUGCCAGCUCACGCCGAAUCUCUCCUCAGUCCACGCUAGCAAAUCCUUCUCCACGAGGCCGCUCUCAAGCCAUUCUCCGCCCACCCCGUAGCCCUGCUUGACAUUGCCCCGACCCAAAGGCAGGACCUUGCUCUCGGCCUCGGUGAACUUCCUGACGAUGCCAUGGGCCCACCUCUAACUGCGUCCACGUUCCUCUGGAUAGCAUCCCUUCCCUCUAACGUGUCCCCUGCACCACUCAGCUUGUAUCGCCUGCAAACUUGAUGAGGAUGCACACGAUCCCACUGUCCACGCCGCCCAUAAAGACGUUCGAUGGCACCGGCCCCAUCACCAGUCCCAGCACCCAUCCCUGAGGAAUGCCACUCCUCACGGCGCUCCAUGGACACUGAGCCGCUGACUGCAGCUCGGAGUGCCACCAUCAUCCAGCCACUUCCUCAUCCAGCCCGUGCUCCAUCCAUCACACCCACACUCACUUGCUAUCAAACGACCGCCAUGCCAUCUUUCAGGCUCUGCUGUGGCCAUUCAAUUCCUCCAUGCCGCUGUCACUGCGAUCUGGUGCUUUCAACACCUUGCAGGCUUUGUUCUGAAGCUUGGCAGCGUUUGGAAAGCUCGUUGUUAACGUGUCCCACUACUCUGAGAAAUCUUCCUGCCCUGUCCUGUAGCCCCCUCCUCAUGCUAUGUGGAACGCCAUGGCCAGCAGUGCGGCUGCCAUUUUAGAACCUUCGCCGCAUCACAGCCGUCACCUUGGUCACCGCUGCCCCGGCCAACGCACUCGCUCUGAGAGCUCUGGCCGCCAUGCCAGCAGCGAAGAGAGCGAGGGGCACAAUUUGCCCUCUUUUAAAUGGGAAGAGGGAGCUUGGCUUCCCAGAAGCGAAGAGGAGGAGGGGGGCCGCCUUUAAGAUCAAGCGGAGGAGGGGGCAGAGAGUGCGUUUCCAUCGCGCCUGGGCCAGCGCGGUGACCACCUCCGUGGAGCCCAUGGAGGUGGAUCCACCUGCAGAUGAGCCCAUGGAGGUGGAUCCGCCUGCGGCACAGCUGGCCUGGCACCACACCACCGUGCUGGCUUUGUUCCUAAUGACAUGCAAGUUGGACAGACGAGUAAAAUAGUAGCACCAGAACUCUAUAUUGCUGUGGGAAUAUCUGGAGCAAUCCAACACUUGGCUGGGAUGAAGGACAGCAAGACCAUUGUUGCUAUUAACAAGGAUCCAGAAGCUCCAAUUUUCCAAGUGGCCGACUAUGGACUGGUGGCAGACUUAUUUCAGGCAGUGCCUGAGAUGACGGAGCUCCUGAAGAAGAAGUGAGCAACUGCAGUGGCUGCAGUUGGGCUGGGCAGUAAUGACAGCACAACCCCAAGAUUACUGGAGAGUACUGGUGUCAGUGUAUGUUUGUGCUGGGCAGUGCUUGGUACGGGUGGAGGUGGGGACAGAGGUGGUAUGAAGGAAUAACAGUAAUAAAGGAUUGGAGUGGAAACCGGCCGGCUUCACGUCCCUUGGGAGACUUGGGAGACGGUGAAGAAACCAAAGGCAACCUGGUUCAUGCAGCUCAACCUGGGCGAGGAGGUGCCCGUCAUCAUCCACCGGGACAACAUCAUCAGUGACUACAACCAGAUCAUCGACUACAUGGAGAGGAACUUCACAGGAGGUAACGGGGGCACAGCUGCGUGCCGGGCUUCGUCUCAGCACAAACCUAGGGCAGAUUUGAAUGUCGGUGGCCAAAUGCACCCAUUUCCUCCCACAAAGGUUUGGCUCGCCCACAUCCAAUUCUCACGCUUUGCUAUCAAGAUGAAGGAUUUCCAGCAGAAAUCCUCAGACAUCCCUUGCAAAUCCUGCAAGGGGGAUUUGGGAGAGCUGCAGCUGGGUUUGCCCUUCUGUCCUAGAGUCUAUGCUCCCAAACUGAACCACUCCUCCCAUCUCCAUGGCUUGGGAGCCCAUGGUGUGCGGUGGCAUCUCACCAGGCUCUGCACGCUGGGGACAGAGUGACAGAGAUGCAGAGGAAGGGACGGCUGAGAGGGAACUCCUGUGUCCUCCCCUUGGAGCAGGGCUGAAGCUGGGACGCUGAGGUCCGAGGCCGCUCCUCACGCAGCUGCUUUGGCAAGUAGCAUCUCCAGCCCCUUAGUCCAUGUCAUCCCAGAUCUGCAGGCUGCCACGCUGGGAUGCUCCGCUGGGAGACUUCAAAGCCCAGCACGGAGCUUUGGCUGUGGCAUCAAGACUCUCGCCCCAGCAUCCAUCAGCCUUGCGGCGGAGGCAUCAAAAACAUCUCUAAAUAGCUCCCCAAGCACAGGCACCAUGCCAGCUCAGCUGCUGUCCUCUCCCGGCCGGCCGCCAUCGUGCUCAGCAGAGGUGCCGCACUUCCUUGCCGCUGGGAUGGCAGACAGACAGACAGACACCAGAGCCCCACAGAGGAGCCCUCACAGCAGCGGCCCCACAGAUGGGGCAGCCCCGCGUCCCUGGUGCACACUGCUGCGUGGGGCUGCAGUCCUCACAUUGCUCCGUGCUGCUGCCCGGUCCCUAUGGAGAGCAGCUGACCCGGCAUAUGUUGGCAGCACGCUGUCCCCAGCAGGGGAUGUGGGCUGACAUGGCGGCAGGGAACAGCUCUGAGCACGCUGGGGAUUCAUGGCUCUAGCAGGAGACACUGCGCUCUGUCACAGGAGACCUGCCUCGCUCUGCCCUCAUCACUUCAUGCUAACGCACACACCAGCCAAACCUUGCAUCUCCUUUCCUUAUCCAUGCCUAGCAGAUCCCUGUGCGGAACAGCCUUCUCCCGUUCCCUGUGCUCUACUCUGAGGAGGCCCACACUUACGUACAUGACACGACUGCUGAAGACAUAACGGGAUACCUGGAACACUAUUUAGACGUUCCAAAGAAAAUGUUUUCCAUUCCUUAUCCGUGCUUAACAGAUCUUUGUCUGAACAGCCUCCUGGGGUUCUCCCACAUCUUACUCUGAGCAGGCUCACACCUAAGUAAAUAAUGUAACAGUGGAAGAUGUCACAGGAUACCUGGAACACUGUUUAUAUAUUCCAUGAAAAUGUCUGCCGUGGCACAAAUGAUGUAUUCCUAAGUGAACCUCAGUGCCGAUCACAAAGCUAACCGUUAUCACAAAUUUCACAGCGCGUUUGUGCCACAUGAUUACUGUUUUGUGUUUCAUCAAACAGUUUCUUACAUCACACACUUUAGUUGUCUAAUAAAAAGAAAAACUGUAUACAGUUUCAUACAAUCACACAAUGGUUUGCUUUGUUUUGGGAGGGACCUCUAAGAUCAUCUCAUUCCCAGCCCCUGUGGCACGAAGGGACACCUCCCUCUACACCAGGCUGCUCACAGCCCCAUCCAGCCUGGCCCUGAAGGCCUCCCACGUGGGGACAUUCACAGCCUCACUGGGCAACCUGUCCCAGUGCCUCACCAGCCUCACAGCAGGGAAUUUCUUCCUAAUAGCUGGUCUAAGCCUACACUCUUCCAGUUCAAAGCCAUUUCCCCUUGGCGCUACCCGCCUUUAUAACAAGAACCCCCCAGCUUUCCUGUAGACCCCCUUCAGUCCAGGAAUGCUGCUAGAAGGUCACCUCAGGGCCUUCUCUUCCCCAAGCUGAAGAGCCCCAGCUCUCUCACCCCGUUGUCCUAGGGGAGCUGUUCCAGCCCUCGGAUCAUCUUUGUGGCCCCCCUCUGGACCUGCUCCAACAGCUCCAUGUCCUGCUUGUGCUCAGGGCUCCACAACCACACAGUACUCCAAGUGGGGUCUCAUGAGAGCAGAGGGGCACAAUCGCCUCGACCUGCUGGCCACGCUUCUCUUGAUGCAACCCAGGCCUCCGUCGGCCUUCUGGGCAGCAAGCACACCUUGCCAGCUCACGCCCAAUCUCUCCUCAGUCCACGCUAGCAAAUCCUUCUCCACGAGGCCGCUCUCAAGCCAUUCUCCGCCCACCCCGUAGCCCUGCUUGACAUUGCCCCGACCCAAAGGCAGGACCUUGCUCUCGGCCUCGGUGAACUUCCUGACGAUGCCAUGGGCCCACCUCUAACUGCGUCCACGUUCCUCUGGAUAGCAUCCCUUCCCUCUAACGUGUCCCCUGCACCACUCAGCUUGUAUCGCCUGCAAACUUGAUGAGGAUGCACACGAUCCCACUGUCCACGCCGCCCAUAAAGACGUUCGAUGGCACCGGCCCCAUCACCAGUCCCAGCACCCAUCCCUGAGGAAUGCCACUCCUCACGGCGCUCCAUGGACACUGAGCCGCUGACUGCAGCUCGGAGUGCCACCAUCAUCCAGCCACUUCCUCAUCCAGCCCGUGCUCCAUCCAUCACACCCACACUCACUUGCUAUCAAACGACCGCCAUGCCAUCUUUCAGGCUCUGCUGUGGCCAUUCAAUUCCUCCAUGCCGCUGUCACUGCGAUCUGGUGCUUUCAACACCUUGCAGGCUUUGUUCUGAAGCUUGGCAGCGUUUGGAAAGCUCGUUGUUAACGUGUCCCACUACUCUGAGAAAUCUUCCUGCCCUGUCCUGUAGCCCCCUCCUCAUGCUAUGUGGAACGCCAUGGCCAGCAGUGCGGCUGCCAUUUUAGAACCUUCGCCGCAUCACAGCCGUCACCUUGGUCACCGCUGCCCCGGCCAACGCACUCGCUCUGAGAGCUCUGGCCGCCAUGCCAGCAGCGAAGAGAGCGAGGGGCACAAUUUGCCCUCUUUUAAAUGGGAAGAGGGAGCUUGGCUUCCCAGAAGCGAAGAGGAGGAGGGGGGCCGCCUUUAAGAUCAAGCGGAGGAGGGGGCAGAGAGUGCGUUUCCAUCGCGCCUGGGCCAGCGCGGUGACCACCUCCGUGGAGCCCAUGGAGGUGGAUCCACCUGCAGAUGAGCCCAUGGAGGUGGAUCCGCCUGCGGCACAGCUGGCCUGGCACCACACCACCGUGCUGGCUUUGUUCCUAAUGACAUGCAAGUUGGACAGACGAGUAAAAUAGUAGCACCAGAACUCUAUAUUGCUGUGGGAAUAUCUGGAGCAAUCCAACACUUGGCUGGGAUGAAGGACAGCAAGACCAUUGUUGCUAUUAACAAGGAUCCAGAAGCUCCAAUUUUCCAAGUGGCCGACUAUGGACUGGUGGCAGACUUAUUUCAGGCAGUGCCUGAGAUGACGGAGCUCCUGAAGAAGAAGUGAGCAACUGCAGUGGCUGCAGUUGGGCUGGGCAGUAAUGACAGCACAACCCCAAGAUUACUGGAGAGUACUGGUGUCAGUGUAUGUUUGUGCUGGGCAGUGCUUGGUACGGGUGGAGGUGGGGACAGAGGUGGUAUGAAGGAAUAACAGUAAUAAAGGAUUGGAGUGGAAA